AUGCUUUACUCACAACAAAGUUCCACAGCUUCCAAUACUCAAAUGAAAGCUGAAAAGAGAGUGCCAACAGAUUCCUUUAGCGCGGCUAAAAGGAUAAAGCUGGAGAAGGCUGCUGAACUGCGACAGACUGCGGCCAGACCCGUGGCUGUACCAACAAGCAAUGGAACAAACACACGAGAGAGCCCGACAGAAAACACGAAAAGUGAUAGCAGUGAUAGCAGUGAUGACAACAAUGACAGUGAUAGUGGCAGUGACAGUGGGAGCAGCUCUGAUGACGAUGAAGACAGUAGCGAGGAAGAUGAAAGCGAAGAAGAACAAGAAGCAAGCCAUUUUGACCAAGCAGUUGAUCUCAAAGUGAGCUAUAACAAGCUACAGCAUGAAAUAAAAGGCCAAAACGCAGAAAUCGCACGAGUAGGAGGUGUGAAGCUAGUCAGCGAAAACAUCACCAAAGCGAACCAGCUCUUCUCCCAGAUGCGGAGGAGCCAGGGAUCGGCUAUAAUGGCAACUGACUCUGCCACUUUAAAACAGAUAGGAUACCAGGCCGUUCUUGCAACGAGGAACUUGCGCUUAGGUGCCAGUGAACGGGGACUGGACUUCAAGGAUUUCGUCGCAAAGAUCACUGCAUUUUUGCAGACAAAUGGACAAGACGAGGAGGAAUAUGAACAGACGGUUGAGCGAAAUGACCGCAAGUUCAACAACGAUUUUAACUGGCUGAAGCUCGGUGCUUUGUACAGUCGAACCAGUCGAAGGGCAGCUACUACCGAGUUCCUUCAAGGAACCCUUCAGAUCGAGCAGAAAACGCGAAAUCUGAAGCCUCGUCAGGCUGAAGAUGCCAAUGGAGAGACUGUACGUGCCACAGCCCUUUCGGCAGCAGAUGUCAAGCCAAAUGAGGACAAAGAGACAUCGAAGAACGUGGAGAGAUCUUAUCAAGUGCUCCAUAAUAAGGCCCACGGUCAGCAAAUCAACUUCUUCAAGUUCAUGAUCGACCCUACGUCAUUUGCGCGUUCUGUGGAAAACCUCUUCUACACUAGUUUCCUGAUCUCGCACGGACUUUUGACUCUGCUUCAAGAUGAAGAUGGGGUGCCUGCCUUGCAAGAGGCCAGUCCUGGAGUUCUCGAAGAGUUGAAGAAGAAACGGCGCGGAGAAAUCAAAAAGAGCCAGAUUAUCUUCAGGUUGGACUACAGCGAUUGGCAAGGGCUGAUUGAGAGGUUCAAUAUCACGGAGUCGUUUCUGUGA